UCGCAAGGGCGUGCAGCUCACCUGACGUCGACAAGACCGCUUGCUCUUCUGAUGUGGGCGAGUCGCACCAGUGACCUGGCAGGACUUCUGUGGUCCUCGGAGAAGCGAAUGAUAGCAUUUUCCAUGGCAUCUUCUCCGAAAUUCCAUCUUCACGCGCCUUUUCCAGCAACCGUCUCCAUGCUGAGGAGUGCAAAUACGAGAAGGCAUUCGGUGUUCCUGCGGCGACGCCUAAGAUUCUUGAGGUGCGACGUCAUUUUUUCUUGGGUAGCUGGGUCCUCCUCCUCGGUUUUCCUUCAAAUCAAUGUUGCGCAGCAGUCCCGCAUGCGAUGAGCUUGGAGAGCGCUUCGGAAGCGAUGUAUCGGGCCUCUUAGAAUACACUUCUAAACACUCCUACUCGCAAUUCUCUCCAAGCCUCUCCCAGCCUAUGCAAAAAAACAGUCAAACAAAAGUGUCGACGGGCUGACCGAUGUACGUUAGUCGAUGAUGAUCAUCGUGUCUGUUAGGGCACCGUCUUCCUCUCUUCCACCAGUCACAUCAGAGAGAC